GAGGUGGGCGUGAUCGCUAAAUAGCCCCAGCAAGCUAAUGCUAGAAGAAAAUCGAUCCUGGGUAUUUUAUUAAAACGAAACCAUAUCGAGUGAAGUAAACGGGGAGACGAAUACAAUUUGCUGCAGGAGAUUUACCUGCAAAUUAAAAGGCUCCCUAAUGGCAACUGAGACGCCCAUGGACACGGUACUGGCCCCUGCCCCUGCCCCCACCCCUGACCCCGCCCCCACCCCUGCCCCUGCCCCUGCCUCUGCCCCUGCCCCAGCCUCACCUCCAGACCCCACACCACUGUUACCUCCACCUCUAAGCUCAAGUUCAUCCCAAGACCAGGUUCCAACCCAGGAGCCAGCGAUUGCAGAAACCCCUGAUGCAGUGGUGACCUCAGAACAUGAUGCUGCUCCAAAUCUUACCCCAAUUCAACCUAUACCCCCGGCUGUUGCCAUAGACCCCGUUACAGGCGCUGAAGUGCCACUGGCCCCUUUGCCACCACCAGUCCCACCUGCCAGUGCCAAAAACCCCAGCUGCAAGAUUAUGACUUUCCAUCCCACCUUGGAGGAGUUCAAAGACUUCGCGAAGUACAUUGUCUACAUGGAGAGUCAAGGCGCUCACCGUGCAGGACUGGCGAAGGUGAUUCCGCCUGAGGGCUGGAAGCCACGUAGGUCCUAUGACACUAUUGAGGACAUGGUGAUUCCAGCUCCCAUCAUGCAAGUAGUGACAGGCCAGUCAGGUCUUUUCACACAGUACAAUAUCCAGAAGAAAUCUAUGACUGUGAGCGAAUACCGCAAGCUGGCUAACAGCAAGAAAUACUGCACACCCCGUCACAAAGACUUUGAUGACCUGGAGAGGAAGUACUGGAAAAACCUGACAUUUGUGUCACCAAUUUACGGCGCAGAUGUCAGUGGCUCUAUUUAUGAUGAGAAUAUUCAAGAGUGGAACAUUGGUCAUCUCAAUACUCUACUCGAUAUGGUAGAGCAAGAAUGUGGCAUUGUCAUUGAAGGUGUCAACACUCCAUACCUGUAUUUUGGGAUGUGGAAGACCACAUUUGCAUGGCACACUGAGGACAUGGAUCUGUACAGCAUCAACUACCUGCACUUCGGACAGCCCAAGUCCUGGUAUGCAGUCCCACCUGAACAUGGCAAGAGACUGGAGAGACUGGCACAAGGCUUUUUCCCUGGCAGCUCCCAAGGCUGUGAUGCUUUUCUCCGCCACAAGAUGACGCUGAUAUCUCCAUCCAUCUUGAAGAAAUAUGGCAUUCCUUUUGACAGGAUAACACAGAAUGAAGGCGAGUUCAUGAUCACCUUUCCCUAUGGCUACCACGCCGGCUUCAACCAUGGCUUCAACUGUGCCGAGUCCACAAACUUUGCCACCCUGCGUUGGGUGGAUUAUGGCAAGAUGGCGACCCAGUGUUCCUGUCGUAAAGACAUGGUAAAGAUCUCCAUGGAUGUGUUUGUGCGCUGCCUGCAGCCCGAACGGUAUGAAUUGUGGAAACAGGGCAAAGACAUCACGGUACUGGACCAUCUGAAAUCCACCGAGCUCAGCAGCCCUGAACUGGAGGGAUGGAGGCAGCAUCGUGUCACUUACAGGGCCAACCUGUUGCGGAGGGCCAUGCAGAAGAUGAAGCAGUUCCGUCGCCUGAAGCUGGAGGAAGUUAAGGUGUUGGCAGAGGAGGGCAUUGAGCUUGAUGCUGUCAAGUACCAGCGACAGGUAGAGGAGCGCGAGGCUCAGCGGAGGCAGGAGAGGGAAGAGCGUUUAGCCAGAGAAGCCAUGAUGACCCUGGAGGCCAUGGAGCUUGAGGAGCAGGAAGCUGCAGAGGCUGCCGCUAAAGCAGCAGAGACUGCAGGUUUGGAGGCACCAGCACCAGAGGUCAAAUCAGAAGUCCCGGCAGAAGAGGCAGAGAAAAGAAAGCCCAAAAAGCAGAAAAAGAUGACCCCAUUUAUCCCCAAUGCUAUUACUGGGUUUGAAGCGGCAUUUGAGCAGUUUGCUACAUCUGGCAUGAAGGGUGCAUUGGUGGGCAACCCUUUAACACCAAAGCAGGGUGAUGUCCCAGGAGAUAACAAGUUAGAUGUGAAUGCCACCCAGGGAUGCUAUUCCAAGAUGAAGAUGCCGACAGAGGUGAAAAAGAGUCGUCGCCACCCUCUGAGUAAACCACCUAUGCGGUCUCCUCUGUCCAUUGUCAAGCAAGAUCCUGCCAGUGAAAAAGGGCUGUCUUCUCAAAUACCACUGGACAAUGAGAUGAAGAAACAGAAGCACCUCUGGCAAGAUGUGUCAACAGCCAACUUCAGGGCAGAGAAGUCCUUCAACAGUGCCGUGGCAGCACUCAAACCACACUGUGCUAUCUGUUCGCUCUUCUGUCCCUAUACGAAGCCACACAAAGAAGCUUUAAUUGCAAGUGAAGCUCCAUGCACCCCUCUUCCCCGUCAUGGCAGUCGAACUCGUCCACUGGUUCCAGAAAUGUGCUUCAGUGUCGGUGCAGGCAACACCGAGCCUACACCCACCAACCCCCACAUCGGAGAGGAUGGAACUAGUCUUCUGCUCUGCUGUUCAUCUUGCCACCUACAAGUUCAUGCGAGUUGUUACGGUGUGAAGCCUGACUCUGUCAGUGAUUCCUGGACCUGCUCCAGGUGUGCAGCAGGCGCCUUUACUGUGGAGUGUUGCCUCUGUAACUUGCGAGGAGGAGCUUUGAAGACUACUGCAGAUAACCGGUGGGUCCAUGUCAUCUGUGCCAUCGCUGUGGCUGAAGCUCGCUUUGUCAAUGCCAUCGAGAGGGAGCCAGUGGAUGUCUCGGCCGUUCCAGAGACUCGCAAGAAUCUGAAAUGUGUGUACUGCUAUGGUAAGAAUGCCAGUGAGAAUCGCGGCGCUUGCAUCCAGUGCUCUGACGAGAACUGCGCCACCUCCUUCCACGUCACCUGCGCCCAAAUUGCUGGAGUCAUCAUGAAGCCGGCCGACUGGCCCUUCGUGGUGUCAGUCACCUGCCACAGGCAUAAACGAGUCACACAAAAGCCUCGGUCUACACCCAAGGGUCCGCAGGUUCUCGUCCUGGGUCAGAAAGUGAUUGGUCGCAACAGUGACGGCUGGUACUACCACUGUACCAUCAUCGGCAUAGCAACGCAGACGUACUAUGAGGUCAACUUUGAUGACGGGUCUUACUGUGACAACCUCCACCCAGAAAACAUACUAAGUCACGACUGCCUGCGUAGCGGUCCUCCUGAGACUGGGGAGCUGAUUGUGGUCAGCACACCCGAAGGCCAGGUCCUAAACGCCUCUUUUGUCAAACACCACAUCCACAAGUUCUAUCAGGUUGAGUUUCAGGACCAGAAUCAGCUGAUGCUAAAACACUCAGAGAUCCAUCAGCUGGAACAGGAACUGCCCAAGAGAGUCCGAGCCAGACUCGCCAUACCUGUGCCCCAGGAGAUCCCGAAGGAGGACGAAGCCCAGGCAGCUAAACGCCGAUGCCUCCCCUCCACCUCAGCCCCACCCUCUGAAACCCCCAUGCAGACCGCAGCCCCCCCGGCCUGCCCCCUAACCACAGCUCCGGUAGCAGCACCAGCAGCACAUCAUCACAGUAUUAACACGCCGUCUCCGACCUCACAGCCUCUGACCCAGCUCGGCACGACCCCACAGGUCGCCCCCGCCCCGGUCAACGGCAUCACCAUGGACACCGAGACCCCAAUGGACACGAGCGUCUCACUCUCCGAUGCGCUAACGGAGCCGGCGCUGGCUUCAGACCCCACGCUGGCUCCGCAGUCAACCCCCUUUCGAUCCACAUUAAACUCGGACCCCCUCCUGUCGGCACCCUCCCCUCCCCCGCCGCCCCAUCACAUGUCCAGCAGCUACACGCCGAGCAGCGGCUACGUUUCCUACAUGGAGACCCUCCUCCAUUCGCAUUUCCCUCAGGACGAAGGCCCUGGGCCCCUGUAUUAAAACCCAACCCGGCUAAGCUAAUAUACCGUAAGCUAACGGAGGUGGAUUUCUCGAGUGCUGUGACAGACGGACACAUACUUUUCCUACACUGAUCGAGAGCUCAGGACAGGAGCAGGAAAAGACACAGACACUCAAGCACUCUUUUAAUGCAUGUGAUUUCCAUUUUUAGUUAAUAUAUUUGCAGUGGUGCUUUAGCCUGCUCUGAUGCAGCCGUUUAAGAGAACAAUGCUUUUUUUUUUUUAAAUUUUGAAUAAAAUGAUUUCUUUUGUUUAUUUGUAGGCUCUCUGUUUUGCUUCUUUUUGUUUGUCAGCUGCUGUGCUUUUCACCUCCAUCUUUAUAGAAGUUUGUCUCUGGGUGGUAUCAACUCCAUACCUCGUUGCAUUUACUGAACAGCACACUCCAAUUUUUCUCUGUAUAGGAAACUAAUUAUAAUGAAAGCCUCUGUGAGUUGAGGCCCUAAUGGACUUUUCUUUCUUUCUUUGGUUCUUUCUUUGGGAAACUCAAAUAACCAGCAACAAAUGAUCUAUUUUUAAAUCCAACCACUCAACUUUGAAACUGUUUGUGGAACUGUCACAGUGUCCAUCUGCAGGACGUUUUCACUAUGGUGUUUUCUUGUCGGGGUGCAAGAUGUUCAUGGGGAAAUGGAGUUUGAAUUGUGUAUUGUAUGGGGAACUCAGUAUUUAAAUGUCUUAGUCAAAUAUUGAAAGAAAUAUUUGUAAUAGAGGAAACAUGUCGAAUGCAAACACUAGUAUAUUGUCUGCAGGAUGCAUUAAUUUUUUGUGAUGUGUCACAGUAGUUAAAGGUGAGACCUUUAUGUAUUGAAGUCACUGGCGGCUCCACACUUUUUCAUAUCCAAAAUUGUCUCAGGGUUCCUACAUUUGGAGAGUGAUUUGACGUUUUACAGCCAAGGCUUCUCACACUUGCACAUUUUUUUUUUUUUUUUUUUUUUUUUUUCCAGAAAAAGAAUUGAAAUCCAGUUUGGCCCAUAAAUAUUAACAUACUAUCAUACUAAAAACAGUAACCUUCACUGUACUUGUGACUGACAUCGGUCACAUUUAUGAAACUAUAACCUUUAAAAGUCCGUUAAAAACAAAGCGUAUCAUCAUAGGAAAAAGGAAAACAUGUAGGAACCCUAAAAUCUGAGAAUAUUUUGUAUCAUACUUGGUUGAAAUUGUAUGUAGAGAUCAAUAUUGUACAUUAUUAAUGUUGUCUGUUUUCUAUUAGUGUAUCCUUUCUAUGUUCUUUUUCUGAACUGAUUUCACAAACUUGGCCUAUCUAAAUUAUUAGUACUAUUAUUUUUUUACAGGCUUUCGCAACUAUUACUUAGUUUGUACUGAAAUAAAUACAUGCUUUUCUCUUUUUUUUCCCUUAAUAUGGCUAUUUUGUGCUACAGAGGUGCUACAGAUCUAAAACUACUGAUGGACUGAAUUUCCCAUGUCACCCUGUAAAUACCGCAGGCCAUGAGUAUUGUGAAUCAGAUUUGUAAAUGUCAUACAUAACACUUUUUCUUUUUCCUUUGUCGCUACAGCUGAAAUGUCGGAACACAUUUACGUUCCUGUAUCUAAAUGAUAUCCAUGGAAAAAAAGUCAAUGUAUUUCAUAGGGAUUAAAGUGGGUUGCUAGUCGCCAAA